GAAUGUCCUGGCACCAUGCUUUGCCGACGUCUCCACUCGCUACCUCCAUGUACCGGCAGCGGCUAUGGAGUGGGAGACCAGAGCGGAUCUCGUCGUCCAGGAGCUCUCGGAAGCAUGCCCCGACAUCAUUGCCCUGCAGGAGGUGAUGCACGAGCUCUUCGAGGCAGACCUGCAGCCUCGUUUGGCCUCACUGGGCUACGCUGGGAUCAUGCAGCAGAGGACUCGUAAAGAUGACGACCAUCCGACGGGCAACGCGACGUUCUUCCGCGAGGACCGCUUUGAGCUCGGCUGGGAGGCGCACCGCAGCCGAAUACUACUCCUAGGCCUUCGAGACAAGCAGAGCAACGGAAUGGAGAUCUGCGUGGCCAACGCGCAUCUGGAGGGCAAUCCGAGGCAACCGAUGGCUCGGGCACGGUCAGCCCUGCAGGAUGCGCGCAAGCGCGGCGGCCCCCAGCAGCAUGGCCUGAUCCUUUGCGGUGACUUCAACGCGCCACUCAGCUCCAUAAAACGGCCUUGUUACAUCCUUGGAGACCCGGUCCAUGGUUUCAGAGUUUCAGAUGGACUACAGAAGUUGGAUGAAGCGUUCGAGAACUGGGUCUGA